ACUUCAUCUCAGCUCCAGAGCCCACCCUCUCUUCCUCCCUGGCUGCAGCCUUGGAACUUAAACCGACUGGAGGUCACCAUGGCUGCAAUCCGAAAGAAGCUGGUGAUUGUAGGCGAUGGUGCCUGUGGGAAGACCUGCCUCCUCAUCGUCUUCAGCAAGGAUCAGUUCCCAGAGGUCUACGUCCCUACCGUCUUUGAAAACUACAUUGCAGACAUUGAGGUGGAUGGCAAGCAGGUGGAGCUGGCUCUAUGGGACACAGCUGGGCAGGAAGACUAUGAUCGCCUACGGCCUCUUUCCUACCCAGAUACUGAUGUCAUUCUCAUGUGCUUCUCCAUCGACAGCCCUGACAGCCUAGAAAACAUUCCUGAGAAGUGGACCCCAGAGGUGAAGCACUUCUGCCCCAACGUGCCUAUCAUCCUAGUGGGGAAUAAGAAGGAUCUGAGGCAAGAUGAGCAUACCAGGAGAGAGCUGGCCAAAAUGAAGCAGGAGCCUGUUAGGUCUGAGGAAGGCCGGGAUAUGGCAAAUCGGAUCAGUGCCUUUGGCUAUCUGGAGUGCUCAGCCAAGACUAAGGAGGGAGUACGGGAGGUAUUCGAGAUGGCCACUCGCGCAGGCCUCCAGGUCCGCAAAAAUAAGCGUCGGAGGGGCUGUCCCAUUCUUUGA